AUGUCUAGCUCGCCCAAGAGCCAUUACUCACCGCUGGGUGCUACCUAUGGAGUCAGAGUUGAUCAAUUCCUCGAAACAGCUGAAGAUUACGACAAAUAUCAUGCGAAAUUGAACCGAAAACUGCAAAAAUUGAGGCACCAUUGCCAAUUGACGGUGAAAGAUACCAAGCGGUAUUCCCUGAAGGAAAAAUACUCGAAAGUUACGCAGGCGGACUAUGACACGAAAAAUAAGCUUUUGGGCACUCUCAAUUUGCUGCACGCAGAGAGGGAUCUUGCCCUUGGCGAGACGUUACGCUUGAGAUCUCGUCAAAGAGGCUCUUUGAAGAAAUCUGAAGGCAAAGUGGUCGGUACGAGACUCAAAAAGGCAUUUCAGACCUGUACUCGGCUUGUGGAACUCACAGCCAAUGAACAGAACCCAUACACGCGCGCUGAAUAUCUCAUCUACUACAAACUGGCAAUCGUAAGCCAUCUCAGUUUUGGGAAGCACUCUAGAACGAAACGUGCUGCCUCUGCAGGGCAAGUCGCGAGGGAGCUCAGCUUAGCAUUUUCUGCUCUCCAAUUUUUGCAGAAAUCUGAAAUUCUGAGCGCCGUGAUCGUGGACUCCAUCACAUCUCGUUUCGAUUACCUUUUGAGACAGAACGCCAGUAACGGAGCAUCGUCCUCAAAAGCUCUACGCCGUUUUGUCGCCAAACAGGUUAAUGAUAAUGCCGAAGAUCCGCUUAUCGCUUUAAUCUCGCAAAACGGUUUUGAGAUGCCUUCUUUAUCACAAGAAAGUGAUUCAGCGGCAUCAGCAGCAGCGGUAACUACAGUUCAAUGGCGCAGAUUCACUGCUGAAGUAGGAGACUCCAAAGUGGCAGAGCUGAUUGCUGAAGCUAAGGCAAUUCAAACUUCAGAUUUAUCUCAGUUUAGCGAAAAACUCGCAAAAUGGCAGCAAGCGCUUGACCUGCAACAGCAAGUGCUGGAGCAGAAGCGAGACGACGACACUGCUGAUGCCACUGGUGAAGAUGACGAGAUUCUUUUGACUUACAUCCAGUACAACUCACAUUUUACCACAAUUGAGCGUGACGAUAUUUUGUUCCGCAAAUUGUGGUCGCAGUGGAAACUCUCAUCUAACAAGACCAAAAAUGUUAGAGUAACCAAGGUGAAAGAAAUCGAGCGUAUUGUGCAUAACCUCACCACUUACUUGCAGCAGGUGAUGGAACUACCGGGUGUGUAUUCUGAUGACACUUUGACGGCCAAUCUAAAGUUGGCCACGGUUUAUUACCAAGUACAUCUUUCCGUGGGAUGUUUAGCAUCUUUCUACCAAAGUCAGCAUAAGUACUUGGAGGCGCUUGCACUUUACGUCGAUGGUUUGAAACAACUAGUUAGUGCUACGGAGGACACUUCUUUUGAGGAUCCGCUUCCCGGAGACAUUGUGAAUGCUACAAGGCUUCGUGAACUUGAAGAUCUCACCAAAACUGCCCUAAAAAGUGUUAUCUCACUGGCCGAAUACGAGAAAGUUGCUACUCCUGGUGAGCAGGCGUCGUUCGAGCCCUCCUUAGUGGAGAAACUAGGCAAACCAAUCGGUCCCAGCGAUGUCAAUUUGUCGAAUCUAUUCCCAUUGAGACCCGUUAUCAGACCAGUCGCUGCAAAGCCUGCCCUUUUCGAUCUAGCGUUUAACUAUAUCAGCUACGAUGGUCAACCUGUAGAGCAAGAUUUUGACACGGAAUCAGAAACAGCUUCCGCUCAACCUGGCGAACAAGGUCAGACUGAAGGUCCAAAGAAGAAAGGUAUCUUUGGUCUUUUUGGACUCUGA